UGGUAGAAGAGAUUGUUUCAGCCACCGUGAUAAACUAUUAUCGUCUAAACGGGUUGUUGCUUAUUCUUUUGCAUUAAACAAUUUAAGUGUUUCACUGCAAGGAAACAUUUGCUUUAUUAAACUGGAAUCUUUCUGAUUUUUUUUUUUUUUUUGUUUGUUUUUUUACGUUAACUCGAGCCUCAGCGAUGUUCGGGGAGAUAAUAAAGAACUUCGGCAUAAAUUUAAACGCUUUGAAUGAGAAGAACACUGUCUCCAGCGGCGACCUGCUAACGGGACACAUGUCCUUCGACCUCAAGAAGGAGACGAAGAUCUCUUCGAUCACGGUGUCCGUGACGGGAAAGGUCCGUGUCCACUGGAGCACGUCUGGAGGUGGGGGGAGGAAAGGGAGGAGGUCGCGAAAAAACUUCUCAGGAAAACUGGAAUUCUUCAACUUAAAAAGCGUCAUUUUGCAAGAAGACAGAGCUGCUGGAGUGGCCUCAAGACUUCAGCCUGGCACGCAUGUGUAUCCGUUUUCAUGUCAGCUCCCGCUCGGAGACUUCCCAUCAGCCUUCCGUGGGGUUCAUGGACAGAUAGAGUACGUGCUGACAGUGGGCAUCAACAGACCCUGGCAUAUGACCAAGAACUUUGUGACAGAGUUGAACUUUGUGAACCGCAUCAACACCAACCAGCCAGAGUUGUGGGCUCCUCUCCUAGGCAUCAACAGCAUGACAGUGUGCAGCCUGUCGUGUGCCUCGAGUGCUAUCACAAUGAACGUCAGCACAGAGAAAAAAGCCUUCACCCCUGGUGAAACUGUAAAAAUACUUUGCGACAUAAGCAAUGCUUCCUCCAAAACAGUUACUCCAAAGGUAAAACUGCAACAGAAACAGGUUUUCUACACCAACAACAAGGUCCACAGCAGGACGGCUUCCAAGACUUUGGUGUCCAAGACUGGGCAUCCCAUCGAAGGUCACACCUCUUUCGCUCACACUGAGAUCAUGGUCACUAUACCUCAGCUUUCAGCGCUCUCCAUCUCUAACUGCAGCAUCCUGGUGGUUGAAUACUUCAUUCAGGUGAGCCUGAAGCUAUGGCCUUUCAAUGACCUCGUAGUGCUGGUUCCCAUCAUCCUGUAUGAUGCCUCUGUAAACACUCGUGUCAUUGGUGAGUGAGGGAAUGAGAAUGUGUGAACAUCUCGUUUCAAACGUGUCUAAAAUGACAUGAUGGUGGGAUGUUUGUCUGUAUCCUCUCAGUCCGACUUGUUCCUCGGGGAACUAUAUUUCUCAGGGUUUUAGUGUCGGGCUCAGCUGAGUGGGAUCGCCUUUGCCACUGAACAUUUGUUUACACACAGUUUGUAUUGAAACAUCGCUUUUUUGUAUGUUUAAUUGCAAUUUUAUAUAUGUCUUUUCUUCUGUUUUGCUCAUGUUGGUACAAUUAAGCUUCCAAAAGGUUGUUUGCAUAUGACGUCUAACGCUGUUUUGUUGCAGCGCGAACUGCAGAUGGAGGACAGGAAGUGAUGCACUGGUCAUAGAGCCAUAGCCAACAUUUGAUUUUCUGUUUAUACCUUCCUCUCGUAUUUUCAUCUGAACGAGCACAGUAAUAACUUUUCUCCAUCUCGUCCAUUGCCUUUUUCACUUCCUCCCCUCCAUCUGAAUUCACCGCCACAUGCAUUAGCCCUUCUUUCCUGCCUUUAUUUUAUUAUUUUACCUCAACAGUGCGAAUUGAUUUCAUGUUGACUGUUAAAAGGAAAAUAACGGAUAUCAUUAUCAAACAUGUCCAUGUUUCCUCUUGUUUUGUCACCUUUUUAUACACCUUUUUAUACCUGUAUAUGUCAGCUGUGUGUUGUCAGGACCUAUUGUUACAUCAGGGUUAAAAGUAUAUGCACCAUAGAGCUUUUUUAUGCAGCAACUGACUCUUCAGUAUAUUAAAUAUAAGCCAAAGACACAGUGGAACAGUGGAACGUUACACUGCCUUUACUCAGUUUUCUGAUCUUGUGUGUUUUAUCCAUUAUUCACUAUGGAUUAUUGUAGACAGCCAUUGGAAAUCUGUUCUGUUUCAGCGUACGAUUGAGUAGAUUGAAGCAUUGGGGGGAAGAUGUGUUGCAGUUUGAAUGUUAUUACCACUUACACAACACCAGAGUUUUGAUUAUUGAUGUGUAUUUCCAGUGUCCACUGUUAGUAUUCAGAGCAGAUUCUUCUGUUCUUGUCUCAAUGGAAAACAUGUUGCAGUAUGUCAAAUCCCAGCUACAUCUUCAUAGAUUGUCUCAUGCAGUCCUGAACAAUGUAACAUCAAUAAUACCAAUUGUAUUUCACUCUGUAAUCUGACUGAAUCAAAAGCCUGGCCACAGUAAGGGUGAAUGUUCUCUACAUGAUGAUGACAACAAAGACCUACCAUGCAAACAGCUGAAUGCUCGGCUGAACUGGUUAAUGCACCAAAUUACUUUUGCUCCCUUCAGCAGAGAAGAUGGUGCAAGUACCAUGCAAAGUAAAUUCACUCUUUUUAGCCUAAUUACAUAUCAUUGCGAACACCAUCACCUUAAUUUCCUGGAGGAAAGCCGUCUCCCAUUUGCUAUUCAGCUGGCACUCACUCUGAAAGAGCCAGUAUGUUAAUAUUCACUAACUCAUCUCUGCAUAUUUAACCCCUUAUUGACUUUUGUGGAGAGUUUCAUUAUUUUCAAAUGUGGUUUCACAUCAUCUCAGACUGCUGCUUUCAUAUGUGUGAAAAUGAAAUUUGGAAGGUUUUUAUUUAAGUGUGAAACCACUUUACAGUAUUGGACUUUAGUAGGAUAAACAUACAUGAUGUUUAGAUGAAGCUGAAUUUGAAUGUUUUUUGUGAAAUUGUUUCUUAUGCAUAUAAACCACUGUGUCCUGGCUGCAAAUAUAGUGCGGUGCAUCUGGUUUCCUGUAGAGGGCAGCAACACGCAGGGUUACGGUGUGAGGCCCUGACAGUUUUAACAGUUUGGAGGCUCGCCCUCUGUAUCAUAUCUUUUAAAAAUAUUUUUGAGACAAAAUGCCACAAACCUGCCAAGUGAGUGCUGAAAACUGCCACACAUAUUUCAUGGAUGACGCGUAUGAUGAUGGCGACCCCAGCAAGAAAGUCGCUGUCGAAGUUUCCAUCAUUUGCGGACGGUGACUCUUGGAACGCUGACAGAACCUUGACAACAGGUUUAGCCACAUACCCACGGCUGUUUUUAUGGCAGCUUCAAGGACAGUCUCACAUCAGCAGGCCAUGGACCUUCACUUUAAAUCAUGUACUGUAAUAAGUGAUAUACUCAAGAGUGAUAUAAUAA